AUGCCAUCUCUGAGUAACAUCACUUCCCCUACCUUCCUCUUGACUGGUGUUCCAGGACUUGAAGUCUUUCACAUUUGGAUCUCUAUCCCUUACUGUUGCUUUUGUGCUGUGGCCCUCUUAGGGAAUGCUAUGAUCAUGUAUGUGGUGAUCACUGAGCAGAGCCUCCAUGAGCCCAUGUACUACUUUCUCUCCAUGCUGUCAGCCACUGAUCUAGGUAUCACAGUUUCUUCCUUGCCCACCACAGUUGGGGUACUUUGGUUCAAUGCCAGGAAGAUCAGUCUUAAUGGCUGCAUUGUACAGCUGUUCUUCCUCCAUGGCUUCACCCUCAUGGAGUCUUCUGUGCUUCUGGCCAUGGCCUUUGACCGCUUCGUUGCCAUAUGCAAACCCCUGAGAUAUGCCACCAUUUUAACCAACUCCAGAAUUGCUAAAGCUGGGCUAGGGAUUUUUGUGAGGAUGUUAAUCAAUCUGAUGCCCCUCCUCCUGCUCCUCAAGAGACUGUCAUUCUGUGGCACCAAUAUUCUCUCACACUCCUACUGUUAUCACCCAGAUGUGAUUAAACAGUCUUGUACAAGCACCAAGAUCAACAGCAUUGUUGGCCUCCUUGCCUUCAUUAUGACCUCAGGCAUAGACAUUCCAUGCAUCAUCCUCUCCUAUGUGCUGAUUAUCAAAUCCAUUCUCAGCAUAGCAUCUCCUGAUGAGCGGCACAAGGCCUUCAGCACCUGUGUCUCCCAUGUAGGUGCAGUUGCUAUCUUCUAUAUCCCUUGGAUCAUUCUGGCGCUUGUGCACAGGUUUGGCCACAAUUCCCUUCCAUACAUUCAUGUGCUGUUGUCAAAUCUCCACUUCCUCUUUCCUCCUGUACUUAAUCCAAUCAUCUACAGUGUGAAAACCAAGCAGAUCUACAGGGCCAUUCUCAAGCUUUUCCGAACCAAUGGGUCAAGGCUGUAA